AGGAGUUACGUGUGUCACUUGAGAAGCAGAUGGAAGAGGACGCGAGGAAGGUGGAGGCAGACUUGCAGAGCAAGACUGCGGCUGCUGACGAAGAAGCUAGACUUCUGAAGGCUGAGAAGCGCAAGCUUGAGAGCCAGAUAUCCGUCGUGCGCAAGAAGGCAGAGGAGAGCAUCAACAAGCUGAGCAGCGAUUUGAAGUCGGAGAAGGAGUUACGUGUGUCACUUGAGAAGCAGCUGGAAGAGGACGCGAGGAAGGUGGAGGCAGACUUGCAGAACAAGACUUCGGCUGCUGACGAAGAAGCUAGACUUCUGAAGGCUGAGAAGCGCAAGCUUGAGAGCCAGAUAUCUGUCGUGCGCAAGGAGGCAGAGGAGAGCAUCAACAAGCUGAGCAGCGAUUUGAAGUCGGAGAAGGAGUUACGUGUGUCACUUGAGAAGCAGAUGGAAGAGGACGCGAGGAAGGUGGAGGCAGACUUGCAGAGCAAGACU